AUGGCGCCGAAAAACUCAAAGAAAGCGGCAGAAGCUGCACCUCCAGCUCCAGAAUCCGAUGUCGAAAUGGAUUAUGGUUCCCCGUCGAACGAGGUUCUCAUAGAUGAGAAUAGCCCGCAGGAGUUGGCGAAAAAGGAACAGAGGAUACGAGUUCUUCCCGGUUCUUCAGCAACAGCCGCGAGUUUCGAGUUUAAGGACGAGGAUCAUACUUUAGGGAAUGCGCUGCGAUAUAUCAUUAUGAAGAAUCCCGAAGUAGAGUUUUGUGGUUAUUCGAUACCACAUCCUUCAGAACCUCUAAUGAAUAUCCGAAUUCAAACAUACGAGGGUACGACGGCUUCGGAGGCUUUAGAGAAGGGGUUCAAAGAUCUCAUGGACCUUUGCGAUGUAGUAGCCGACAAAUUCGUAGAAGCCCAAAUCGAAUUCGCUGAAGAAAACCCAACAGAAGUUUAA